UGGCAACCCAUGAGAGCCGUCUGUGACACUAGCUGGCAGAGUGAAUGGUUUAAAGACAUAAGGGGUUGACUUCGGCUUUUCGGAAUAAGAAACCGCAAGAACUCUGCAUUUAUUCAGUCGUUAGGUAGAAUGUAAACGUAGUUGCUAUUCGCAUGGUCGCGGAUCCUCGGAGAUUAUCGCCUGGACCUCUCUGAAUGGCUAGACAUCUAUUAAAGGUAGUCCACCACCACAACGGCGUGUCACUUUGCUAUCGUGUCCGAUAGGUAAGCCGGUGGGUUGCCUGCUUUGUAAAUUCAGAAGGCCGAAGGCGGACUUGGCCAGCAAGGUGGCUGAUAAACGGGAGAUAAGAUGGGGUCGGGAUUUCGGAGUGAAGAGAUGUGCUUGGCGCAGUUGUUUCUGCAGUCCGGCUCAGCGUACGACUGCAUCAGCGAGCUUGGAGAAAUGGGUCUGGUUGAAUUCCGAGAUCUCAACCCCAGUGUCAGCUCCUUCCAGCGUCGAUUCGUCAGUGAGAUCAAGAGGUGUGAGGAGAUGGAGAGGAUUCUGGGCUAUGUCUUAAGGGAGAUCAGGAAAGCAAAUAUUCCAGUUCCUGAGUGCGAUGACAGUCCAGUGGCCCCAGCGCCCAAGCAUGUCCUGGAGAUCAUGGAACAACUGCAGAGGCUGGAAGUAGAACUCAGUGAGGUGACCAAGAACAAGGAGAAGCUGGAGCGGAACCUUCUAGAACUCACCGAGUACACCCAUAUGCUGCGGAUCACGCGCACCUUCGUGCACAGCCGCUCCAGGCACGAAGCCCUGGGGCCGCAGUAUGAGGAGUUUCCUUCCCUCGAGACAGAGUCUGUGACUGGCUGCACCAGCAUGCAGAGGCUUGGAGCCAAACUAGGGUUUGUUUCUGGCCUGAUCCGGAGGGUGAAGAUGGAAGCCUUUGAGCGUAUGCUGUGGAGGGUGUGUAAAGGUUACACUAUAGUCAGCUACGCCGAGGUGGAUGAAAGCCUGGUUGACCUUGACACGGGUGAGAUCAGUAAAAAUGUAGUCUUCCUGAUCUCGUUUUGGGGUGACCAAAUUGGCCAAAAAGUUCAGAAAAUAUGUGACUGUUACCACUGUCACCUCUACCCCCACCCGGAGACUGAUGAGGAACGGGCGGACGUGAUGGACAGCCUGAAGACACGCAUCCAGGACCUAAAUAAUGUAUUGCACCGCACAGAGGACUACCUGAAGCAGGUGCUCCAAAAGGCCUCGGAGUCGGCCUUCUCGUGGGUGGUGCAGGUGAAGAAGAUGAAGGCCAUCUACCACAUCCUCAACCUCUGCAGUUUUGACGUCACUAACAAGUGUCUCAUCGCAGAGGUCUGGUGCCCAGUCAGCGACCUGGCCCAGCUACGGAGGGCACUGGAGGAAGGCUCGAGAAAAGGCGACGCUCCUGUUCCCUCAUUUGUCAAUCGCAUCCCAAGCAAUGACACACCCCCAACCCUCCUCAGAAGCAACAAGUUCACCUCUGGCUUCCAGAGCAUCGUGGAGGCGUAUGGAGUUGGCGACUACAGAGAAGCGAGCCCAGCUCCCUACACCAUCAUCACGUUCCCCUUCCUGUUUGCCGUCAUGUUCGGAGACCUGGGCCACGGUGUGAUUAUGGCGCUCUUCGGUCUGUGGAUGGUGCUGAACGAAAAGAGCCACAAGCGGAGGCGCUCGGGGAACGAGAUUUGGAAUACUUUUUUUGAUGGGCGCUAUAUCAUUUUGAUGAUGGGCCUCUUUUCGAUCUACACGGGCCUCAUCUACAAUGACUGCUUCUCCAAGUCCCUCAACAUCUUCGGCUCAGGCUGGAGUGUUAGAGCCAUGUUCACAGAGCAACAGUGGAUGAAUGAAACUUUGAGAACAAAUGCUUUACUUACUCUUGAUCCAAAUAUCUCUGGAGUUUUCAGUGGACCCUAUCCAUUUGGAAUUGAUCCGAUAUGGAAUCUAGCUGUCAAUCGUCUGUCCUUCCUGAACUCCUAUAAGAUGAAGAUGUCCGUCAUCUUGGGUGUCAUUCACAUGACCUUUGGGGUGGUGUUGAGUGUCGUUAAUUAUCUGCACUUCCGGCAGAAGUAUAAAGUCUACCUGCUCUUCCUGCCUGAGCUGCUCUUCCUGCUCUGUCUCUUUGGCUACCUGGUGGUCAUGGUCUUCUAUAAGUGGCUGGCUUACUCCGCACGGGACUCCCGCUCUGCCCCUAGCAUCCUGAUCCACUUCAUUAACAUGUUUCUAAUGCAAGGCGGGGACACCACACCCCUUUACCCAGGACAGAUGGGGCUUCAGAUCUUUCUGGUAAUAGUGGCUCUGUUGUCAGUACCAGUGAUGUUGCUAGGGAAACCACUUUACCUUUACUGGCUUCAUCAUGGAGGCAAGAGCCUUGGAGCACACAGGGGUUAUGAGAGGGUCCGGCGUGUUAGUGAGGAGGACCUGUCUCCAUCCAUGCUUCAUGAUGAGGAGGAGGGUGACCACAUGUCUGGUAGAGAUGGAGGAUCCAAGCAGUUUGACUUUGGGGAUGUGUUCAUGAACCAGGCAAUCCACACCAUUGAGUACUGCCUGGGCUGCAUCUCCAACACAGCGUCCUACCUGCGCCUGUGGGCCCUCAGCCUGGCCCAUGCCCAGCUGUCGGAGGUCCUGUGGCAGAUGGUGAUGCGCGUGGGCUUUAGGGUGACCACCAGACUCGGCCUGCUGUUUCUCGUGCCAGCGUUCACCGUGUUCUCUGUGCUUACCGUCUCCAUCCUGUUGAUCAUGGAGGGACUCUCGGCUUUCCUUCAUGCUUUGCGACUGCACUGGGUUGAGUUUCAGAACAAGUUCUACAGUGGCCAAGGAGUCAAGUUUGCUCCAUUUGACUUUGCUCUGCUACCCUCUAUCUUUGAACAAGAUGGACUGCUGUGAGAUGGAGACUUUGUAAAUUAACUGUGACCAGGAGUGUAUGGUUUAAGGAUGUUGAUCUCUCACCAUGCUGCAAGUUUUUACCAUCAAGACAUUAUUUUAUACUUAAGACCACCGGCUGCACCAAGGCCUUCAACAGAAGCAUUCAUAUCAAGCUUAUUUGGAAAAAGAUAAUCUCCAGUAGUUCAGAUAAACAAAUGCUGUUCCAGAUGUCAACAGUUUCGGUGUCAGUUGCCACACAAUACAUGGCAUACUCUUCAGAGACUUUUUAGAUUGCUAAUAUAUUUUCGCUUUUAAACAAAUAUUUAGAUUAUUUCCCAAAUAGAUCCUAAGGGGAGACAAUAAUGGAGUAACUGGGUGCGGCUACUGUAUUUAUUCUAUGUGGUCAUAUCAAACUUUAAAGCAAGUGCCAUAUAGGCUUACCUGUUAUUUAAUGGGCAGGCUUCAGUGCUGCGUUGAAUGUGAUUGUACUUCAGAAUAAGAUGUGUCUUUUAGAUUGCCAUAUAUUGACUGUACACCUCAAAAGGAAGCAAACAAAAACACAUGGUAUUUUGCAGUUUGCACAAAGGAGAUGACAGUGUUACGGAAACUUAAUUGGGUAAACCAAACACUGUAGCAACAUAUUGGAUAUUGAGGAAUUGUCCUUUUGUAUGCUAUAACCAGACACUGAAACUAAUUGUGAUAAUAAAAAAUCUGCUGGAA